AGCGUUAUUGAUAAUAUAACGUUCCCAUAUCACACAAUAUAACAUAGAUACCAAAAUCAUGAGGCAAAAAAUUCAUCUGCCCCAUUCACAUGUUUUUCACCAUUUCAAACCUAAACUUUCUGCUCAUCAGUCAUCACUCUCUCCUCCCCAUCUUAAUUGCCCUCACCAGCCUCUCGCCUUUGAAAAAAGUUUCCCAUUGCCAGUUGCCACCCAAGACCCGUUAUAAAAAACUCACCUCUCAAUUAACAUUUUCAUCACAUUCCUUCUUCCCAUUUUUGUUUUUCCAUUUUAGAGAUGAAAAUGGCAUGUUCCAAUUACGUUUUAGCAUUCAUUUUGCUUGCAGUAUGCCUGAUCAAUUCUGUCCAGUUGGUAUCUGGAAAUGGGAAUCAAAACAAUGUCCAAAAGGCUUGCAGUGUGACCAGAUAUCAAGACCUCUGCAUCCACUCACUUGCUUCAUUUUCAAGCUCGGCCAAGAGCAGCCCUAGCAGGUGGGCUAGAGCUGCGGUUUCAGUGACAUUAGGUGAGGCCAAGAGUGUGGCUCAGUACUUGCUAGCUCUGCAAAAGCACAGCGGCAUCAAUGGAAGGAGAAGCAGAGUUGCUCUGUCUGAUUGCAUUGAAUGCUUUCAAAACGCAAUCGACGAGCUUCACAAAUCACUUGGUGUUCUCAGGAGUCUAAGUCGAACGACUUUUGACACGCAAAUGGGUGACCUCAAUACGUGGCUGAGUGCUGCCCUUACCAAUGGAGACACUUGUUUGGAUGGCUUUGAGGGCCAGAGAGGAAGACAAGUCAAAUUGCUUCAAAACAAGGUCUUAAAAGCCACUCAUAUCACCAGCAAUGCUCUGGCUCUUGCCAACAAACUUGCCGCCACUGGCCUGGAAAGCCUCCCUCAUUCAUAGGAAGCUAGGGAGACAAAGUAUAGGCUCAGCCUAUGCACAUGCAUGACUAAUUGUGAGCCGUUGAUGUGUUGUGAGUCUCAAUAACACGUGAACGCGGAUUAAUAAACUUUAGCAUAACUUAAUAAUGAAAUGCAGUGUGAUUCAAAAUUGUGUAAAUUAAUGGUUUGUUCAAUUGUUGCAACUAGUUUAGUACC